UCAUGCCUUUUAGAAUUGCCUUGGCUCCGAUCUCGUGCAUGUUCGCUCUUAGCCUACAGAUCAUUUUGCGUGAUUCCAUCUCAUUCGCGAGUCCAUCCUUGGAGAGCGAACUUGAGAGCUCAAUUCACAAUCACUGUUCGGCGAAGGUUGCCUUCGCGAAGGGAGUCGUAGGCCGGAACGUCGGCAAGUCGGACACUUCAAAGGUUCCAUGCCCCGCGCGCGUGUGAACGCGUGGAGAAGAUGACGGAAAAGCUCCCAGGCGCAAGUUUUGAUACUGUGUCGAAAUGUGUUUGAGAGAGG